CUCCCCCUCAACCCCGGCUGUUAGUGCUGUGAGAGUGCGUGUGUGCUCCUGAGCCCGCUCGGCACACAUUCUAUAAAAAAUAAAAAUCCAAAAAAAAAUCCAAAACAUAAAAUACCAAAAAAUCAUUUUUAUUUUUAUUUUUUUUGUAACAAGUCGGUGAAGCUGGAGUAGACAUACGUGGACUGGACGGUAACGUACAAGAAAGGGCUGAAUAACGUUAAAUCGAAGGGAUUGUCAGUCGACGUGUUACUGGUAUAGAAGAUAGCCUGAGAAACGGACCAGUUUGCUUUUAAUAAUUGUGUUUCAAAAUUUAAACUCAUUUUUAUCCCCAUCAGACGUUAAACUCGCGUCAUUUAUAAACAGUAAUUUAACUCCUAAUAUUGUAACUGACAAACCAACAGAUAUUACCGUUCAAACUCAAUGUUCUGUCCCUAACUGAAGAGACGUUGGAGCCGUUAUCGUUACCAGGCAGUCAGUCAAACUUUUCCCCUGAAGAAUUGAAGCUUUGUCCGGAUACUUUGUCAACCGAGGAGAAUGAACCCCAGCGCUCCCAGUUAUCCCAUGGCCUCCCUGUACGUCGGGGAUCUGCAUCAAGAUGUGACUGAAGCCAUGCUUUACGAGAAAUUCAGCCCAGCCGGAGCCAUCCUGUCGAUCCGAGUCUGCAGGGACAUGAUCACCCGUCGUUCCCUGGGAUACGCGUAUGUCAACUUCCAGCAACCAGCGGACGCCGAGCGUGCACUGGACACCAUGAACUUUGAUGUGAUCAAGGGGCGGCCUGUGCGCAUCAUGUGGUCACAGCGGGAUCCAUCAUUGAGGAAAAGUGGUGUCGGUAACAUCUUCAUCAAGAACCUCGACAAGUCCAUAGACAACAAGGCUCUUUAUGACACCUUCUCUGCUUUUGGGAACAUCCUGUCCUGCAAGGUGGUCUGUGAUGAAAAUGGCUCUAAAGGCUACGGCUUUGUGCAUUUUGAGACUCAGGUGGCAGCGGAAAGAGCCAUUGAGAAAAUGAAUGGCAUGCUUCUCAAUGACCGGAAAGUAUUUGUUGGUCGCUUCAAAUCUCGCAAAGAGCGCGAGGCUGAGCUGGGUGCCCGAGCCAAGGAGUUUACAAAUGUCUACAUUAAAAACUUUGGUGAUGACAUGGAUGAUGAGAAGCUGAGAGAGCUCUUCAGUAAAUAUGGAAGCUCCAUGAGUAUCAGGGUCAUGACCGAUGACAGUGGAAAGUCUCGAGGCUUUGGGUUUGUCAGCUUUGAGAGGCACGAAGACGCCCAGCAGGCAGUGGACGAGAUGAACGGGAAGGAGAUGAACGGAAAGUUGAUCUACGUUGGCCGGGCCCAGAAGAAGGUGGAGCGACAGACGGAGCUCAAGCGGAAAUUCGAGCAAAUGAAACAAGACCGCAUGACUCGCUACCAGGGUGUCAACUUGUAUGUGAAGAACCUUGAUGAUGGAAUUGACGAUGAACGUCUGCGAAAGGAGUUCUCACCAUUCGGCACAAUAACCAGUGCCAAGGUCAUGACGGAGGGAGGGCGCAGCAAAGGUUUCGGCUUUGUCUGCUUCUCAUCUCCAGAGGAGGCCACCAAAGCAGUAACUGAGAUGAACGGACGUAUUGUAGCAACCAAGCCGCUGUAUGUGGCCUUGGCCCAGCGCAAAGAAGAGCGUCAAGCACACCUGACCAACCAGUAUAUGCAGCGCAUGGCCACUGUGCGCGCAGUGCCAAAUCCAGUCAUCAACCCCUACCAGCCUGCCCCACCCUCUGGAUACUUCAUGGCAGCCAUACCCCAAGCUCAGAACCGUGCUUCUUACUACCCAGCUGCUGGGCAGAUGGCCCAGCUCCGCCCAAGCCCACGCUGGACCACCCAAGGUGUCCGGCCACAACACUUUCAGAACAUGCCAGGUGCCAUGCGUCCCUCAGCUCCACGCCCUCAGACCUUCAGUGGCAUGCGGCUUGGCUCCCAGGUGCCCCGCAUGAUGUCAGCCCAGCGAGUCGCCUCUCAGACGAUGGGCCCCCGACCACCCACAGCAGCUGCUGGAGCACCCCCCCCUGUGCGUGGAGUCCCCCAGUAUAAGUAUGCUGCAGGAGUUCGCAACCCUACACAGCACAUGACUGCGCAGCCACAAGUCAACAUGCAGCAGCCUGCUGUUCAUGUUCAGGGACAGGAGCCUCUGACUGCUUCCAUGCUGGCUGCUGCUCCUCCACAGGAACAGAAGCAGAUGCUGGGUGAGCGUCUGUUCCCACUGAUCCAGAACAUGCACCCCAGCCUGGCAGGAAAGAUCACUGGCAUGCUCUUGGAGAUUGACAACUCAGAGCUGCUCCACAUGCUGGAGUCUCCAGAGUCUCUCCGCUCAAAGGGGGAUGAAGCUGUGGCUGUUCUUCAGGCACACCAGGCCAAGGAGGCCGCCCAGAAGACUGUGACAAAUUCAACUGGUGUCCAGAGCGUCUCAACUUGAGGAGUUGGAGACCUUGUGAGACUAGCUUCACCGAUGGAGAAAAAAAAAUAUCAGUGAAAAAUGUAUUAAACAAAGUAAAAAUAAGUGAAAUAAUAUAUUAAAAAUACAAUGGAAACGAGUCUCCAACCAGGCUGGUUAUGAACACAAACACUAGGCCUGGUUUGUUGAGUUAAAUAGAGAAAAUAAAACAAAAAAAUAGGAAAAAUUUAAAAAUAGAAAAUGAUAAGUUAUUGAGGAGUUUUAAAGGAGAAUUCUGUAAGAAAAUAAGACUGAAAGCAUUCUUUUCUGCCAUUUUAUCCCUUUUAAAUGUUUGAAUGUUUGGGCUUUUCCAGCCUGUUAUUGUGAAAUUUCCCUUGACCUUUGCUUGCUUGAAUAAAAAUUUCAAAAUGA